AUGUCAUACUCACAGGGCAGUACAGGGUCGAAUGGAAUGGCCUACAACAUGUUGAAUGCUUCGCAAUCCCUCUCCUCCACCCCUCGCGCAACUCCUCCGCCCCCGAAAGGAUCUCAGAUGUCCUCUUUCGGUUACCCCAACGGACUCCCUCGAAGUAGCUUUGGUGGAUACGACGGAGCCAAUGACUAUGGGCCGGUAGUGUCAUAUCAAGACGAGUACAAACCUCAGAUUUACCGAGCUGUUUACUCCAAUGUCGCUGUCUAUGAGAUGGAAGUGAACGGUGUUGCUGUGAUGAAACGUCGAUCCGACUCUUGGUUGAACGCCACGCAAAUUUUGAAAGUCGCUGGUGUUGUGAAAGCGAGACGAACGAAAACCCUCGAGAAAGAAAUUGCGGCUGGUGAACACGAGAAGGUACAAGGCGGUUACGGAAAAUACCAGGGGACGUGGGUUAACUACCAACGAGGUGUUGAACUCUGUAGAGAGUACCACGUUGAAGAAUCGCUCCGGCCAUUGCUGGAGUACGAUAUGAGCCCUGACGGUUCCGGAGCUCCUGCCCAAGGAUCAACGAUAGAUACACCCACCAAAGAACAAGCAAUGGCCGCGCAGCGCAAGCGUCUUUACAACGGCGGGGAGAAUCGAAGCGCUUCACAGCCACAGCAGGGAACUUUCUUCCAAAAUAUCUCGCGAACAGCCGCUACCGCAGUCAAUGCCCUCAGCAAAGCUCGCUUCGACUCGCCCAGCUCUAACAGUCGUCGGCCCAGCAUGGCUCGCAAGCCAUCGCAGCAGAUGAGCAGCCAGGAAUCUGGACUUGCGUUCAGCAGCCAGCAGAGCAUGUACAGCAUGUCCGACAGCGGGUUUGGCAGCUUGCAAAAUCGGUAUCAAGUGCAAGAUGACAACGAUGACAUUGCGGAACCUCCCCGCAAACGCAUGCGCUCUGCUUCGCACCAAGGCCCUUCUAUCGGUCUUACUCGAGAACCACAUGGAUCUUCCUCCCCUCCUAUUGAUGAUGGCUCGAAACGUGGCGUCGAGUCCCUCGCGCCAGCUUCUACUCCUGAGAGGUUCCAAAAGAUGAAGCUCAUUAUGACAUUGUUCCUCGAUAAACGAACAAAGGAUUUCACGGAUCACCCGGCAUUGUUGCAGUUGACCGGAGAUGAUCUUGAAAUUCCCCUUGAUGAGUACCGAAACAAUGCUCUGCACUGGGCUGCGAUGCUUGCCCGCAUGCCACUGCUCAAUGCGCUGGUAGCCAAGGGUGUAAGUAUAUCGCGAGUCAACGGUGCUGGAGAAACGGCCCUGCAAAAGUCCGUGGGCACUCGGAACAACCUCGACUAUCGGAGCUUCCCACGUUUGCUGCAGGUGUUAGCCCCUACCAUUGACAUGGUCGAUUACAGCGGACGUACCAUCCUGCACCAUAUUGCCAUGAUGGCUGCUACUGGUGGGGGCGGACAUGUCUCCGCAAAGCACUAUCUAGAAGCUCUUCUCGAGUUUAUUGUACGUCAUGGCGGUAUUGCCCCGAGUGCGAAUGGAGGACAUGCGCCAAACGGGAACACUCACGGAGAAGUCAUUUCUUUGGGUCGAUUCAUCUCUGAGAUUGUCAAUCUUCGCGAUGAUCAGGGCGAUACGGCCCUUAAUCUGGCAGGACGUGCGCGCUCAGUCCUUGUCCCGCAGCUCCUGGAAGUGGGUGCCGAUCCUCACAUUCCAAACCAUACUGGCCUCCGUCCUGCAGACUACGGAGUGGGUGUCGAUAUGGUCGACGGAAACUCCCAAUCUCAACAACCGGCCAAUCGGAGUGACACAUUCAUUGAUCAAUUGGCGAAGUCAAAGAAAGAGAUUCUUGAUGCGGCAAUGUCUCAAAUCAGCGCAAUGGUCGAGGAAACACUUGGGGGAAUUGACCGAGAGUUAGCUGCGAGCUUGACACAAAAACAAGAAAGUUUCGAUCACUGGCAUUCGAAGAUCCGCGAGUCUGCCAAAGCUCGACAGAUCGAACAGAAGCAAUAUGAUGAACUCAGACGCAAGGGUUCUGAGCGCGUGGAGCUAGACCGGCGCAUCAAAAACCUGGAGCGUUCAUCUGAGGGUCUGUUAGUCACAGUGCAGAACACACCAGGAUUGGACGCUACCCGGACGGUUGUUGUGGGUGAUGCCGACAGAGAUUCCGGUGUUGAUGUGGCGACAUUUGAUGCCCUAUUCCCGGAGGGUUUCGACCCAGCGUCUGGGUUCUCAGAACAGCAAGUCGGGUUCCUGGCUUCACUGCCAGCAACAGAUCUGCUUAGGCGCCAGGCCCAAUGCUACAAAGAAUUCAACGGAAGGAUACUAGCUGAAGUCGAUAGUCUGAAAGCGAAGAACGCGGUUCUUGGACAGAACUACCGACGCAUGGUGAUGGCAUGCACCGGCUGGACGGCAGAGCAAGUCGAUGAAGCCGCGGAGGGGCUCACGCAAUGCGUCAAGGAACUGAAUGAUAAUCCCGUCCCCGAGGAUGAAGCCAUUGAGAUCCUGAUGCGGGAUCGCGGGCAGGACUGGUAG